AUGGCUAGCGAAGAUGUAGCCGUAAAGCGGGUAGCGUUCUGUUCAGCCGUGUUUGCUGGCUUUGCCUACGUUGGUUAUUCCAUACUGAAGUCCGCAUUUUGCUUCAAAGGCUAUGGUCGAGACGACAAAGGAUCUCGAAAAUUGGUCAAGUUGAAGAAAAAAAGAAAACUCAAAGAACCAGAACGCGAUAUGAGCCACCGCUCAAGCCAGACAGACCUCAGCGUUCCACCCGAGGAAUACAUCACGAACUCCCCCGCGGAACUGCACUUCAUACCGAAGUCUGUGCGUAACAAAGUGCGCGAACUGAACCUCAAGGCCCGCAUGUUUGACGACCAAUACUUCGCGCGCAUCUUCAAGCCUCAUAGCUUGCAGAACUCGCCUUGGGGAUCGCCCAAAGCCCUGAGCCCGGUUGCCGACGGCAGUAGUAACAACUGCUACCUGAGCCGCUCGGCCGAAAACGUCCACCUGGGUCCGCCUUCACCCCUAAAGAGGAGAAACUCUGGCCGCUCUGCAAGGUCGUCGCCUCGUGCAUCGCAGCACUGGCAGUGCAAUGACUUGAGUGCCAACCACAUGUCGGAGAAGUCUCUUUACUGUGCAGUUGUGAAGGAAACUGACGAGCUCCUGCAAGAGGUGCUUCACGGGCUUUACAACAAGGCGAGGGUUAUGACCCUGUACGAAGCGAAGUGUCUCGCAACGCUGUUGAUGUCGGCGAAUGAAGACGUCCUUGUAAAGACCCUUACAACUAUGUCGAAUUGUGCAGCAUUCACAAUUAAUCAGGACUACCUUUGCGAUGUUGGGUGCCUACCACUGCUGAAGGGCCUGUUGGACCAUGACUGCAUUGCAGUGCAGGUGGCAGCUACACAGGCCAUCGCCAAUAUGGCUGUUAAUGAGAGAAACCAAAGGCUGUUGCAGCCGUGCAUUCCUUUGUUGCUGUCAGCUGCCGUAUCGCGGGACGGUGGCUGCUACCUGCAGACAGUGUCGCUGCUCUGCCUGACCAACCUGGCACUCUGUGACGACACACAUGAGGCCUUCCGUGGUCGUCUGUAUCACCUGUGCAUCCUGGUAGAGACGGCAGAUGAUACUGUCCGACUCCAGACACUAAAGCUACUGGUCAACUUGUCUUGCAACUCCCGCAUGGUCCCCUACUUGCUGGCAGCCAAGGCACCACAGAACCUGUUUACACUGCUGGAAGACUCAAAUCGGGAAGUGACUCUCCGAGUACUGACCUACCUGGCGAACAUCGUUACCUAUGCAGUCAAGAAGCAGCUCAGUCUAUUGGACUUGCCCUCAGAGUACAGGGCAGCUGCCCCCGAAACAUUGUACGCUGCACUGUGGGGUUCCCCAUCUAAGGAGCACCUACAACUGAAGACACGGACGCUUGUUCUCCGAGCAGACGAAGACAUCAGCUUUCAGGCUGGCCGCAUCUUUGAUGCAUUGAUGAGGUAACUUAUCCGAGAUGUGUAGCACGUUGUGCUGAAAUGGCUUAGCGUGGUAGCUUGCACUCUAUUCCAAGCUGCAGGUACUUCUGUUUGUGUAUGCCACGUUGUUUUAGUGUCACAGACUACUGGUGUUUGCUUGCUAGCAUAAGUUUCCUUCUGUUUUCACUGUGGUUGUCAUUGCCCUUUAUUGUUACCAACUUAAACAUUGUCACAACUACUGUGAUUGCCUAGUCACUUGCGUAUAUUGAUAGCUUUCGUUAGUGUUCAGUGAAGAUAAUACAUGAGCCCAGGAUUAUUUUCGGCCUUGUCAGUUAUGCUGGAGCUAGAGAAAAUCCACACGAACCAUGCUUGCUUCUUGUGCAAGUGAUAUUGGAUUGUUCCACUGGUCUUCUUUUCCUGUGAAGUUUCAGACUAUUCAUACUAACAGAAUGCCUUGUCAAGUCAUAUUCAAUUAUGUCUAACUCUAUCCAAGAAUCUAGUAAAACCAGUUUGAAGGUAAGUUCACUCGGCAUCAGAUAAAGUCCAUUCAAAAUGAAUUACAGUUCCUUGUAAUUCAAUGGCUGUUCUGUUCAUGAAUGUAAAUGAAGAAAGCAACCACUGUCUGGAAGCAGGCUUUUUUUUUUUUAACUGCAGUAUCUGCAUUUAUGAAAGACCAAUGCUAAAUGCUGUGCUGUUACUUAAUGUGUCAUCAUGGUAGCUUGUGUGCAAAAUGCUCAUCACACAGCUGCUCUUGUGGUCAAAAUAUGAAAAUUUAUUCAUGCAAGGUUUGCUGCAGCAGUGCAUACGCAUCAGGAACAAAAUUCAGGUAGCGAUUGGGGCUUUUUGAAAGCAGUGACCACAGUGCGCUACAUUAGAGUUACUAAUAUUUGUAACAAUCAUUUUCUCAUAUACAUCUGAGUUUUUGAAAAGCCUGUCACCUUUAUAGUUGCAAGCAUUUGCCCAUGGUAACUGCUUGCCAUUAAAGGAAGCCACUACGGUAAAAGGUAGUUGAUUUGGUCCUCGUUUACUUGUAAAACUGGAUGAUUCAGACAUAUUCUCUGCUCUUGGCAAGCAUAUACAUUGUUUAGUGGUAUCAAUCUAUAGUUAAUUCAUUUCAUUUGGCUGCGACCUGGUUUAUUCAUAUACCUAAAUGAAGAGUGCAAUUGUUUUCUUGAUAGUAAUCGAUAAUUUGGCGUUCUGUAAAGUGUGGCAUUUUUUCCAACGUGAUGAAAUCUGAAUUAACAAGCUUUUGCUGCAUGGAAAUGGGUCAGCCUGUCCAGACAUGUGCUGUGUAUCGCAGUUGUCACUGAUCGUACACCAGGAGAGCUUCUGUAGGUGAAGUCGAAAUUUCAUGCUGUUUCUAAAAUUCACUGCACAGAGUGAAAAGAAAUGACCAAUAGGCAGAUCACACAGUAUGCAAUGCUAGCCUCCAUUAAGUUUUGUUGUUAGAAAUUCGUUGAAUAGUAUGCAGGUUCGAUGUAUUCAUAUUCAACUGUACAUGCAAGAGGCUGCUAUCUCACCAGCAAACCAUUGUAUGCAAUGAAUUUCUGCAUUAAUGCAUGGGAAAUAACUUUGACAAUGCAAUCGAGAAAGAGCUGACCCAGACAUUGCCAGAAUGUGCUAUACUUUGGCAUCAAUAAUGUUACAUGCCAAGAAAUCCCCACGUGCAGUUAUUGAUGCAUUCAUUUUACAAAGCCAGGCUAGCGCAUAUGCUGCUAUAAGCUGAGCUGCAUGCAUGUGCUGCACAUCUCAGUAAUGAUUAGUGAUAGAGUGUGACUAUGUGAAAACUUCGAAAAUUAGUUAACUAACACAAAAGAUAUUGGAACUGUAAAGUAAUAUACUUGUUGCUUCUGCUUUGUUAAAGAGUGCAUUAAAAUUUUAAGUCUCCUAUGUUGUAGCUCAUAACAAAGAAUAGUAUUAGUGUUGAUUCUGCUGUAAGUAGUCAUCACGGAUUUGCGGAUGUUUAACUUGAAUGCUUGUGUAUCCUUGUAAAUGUACCUAACUGUAAAAUUACAAAGUUGAGGUGAGCUUGUACACUUUCAAAUUACCAAGAGUAUAUUUGUAGCACUUAUUUUCUGUGCCACCUGUGUGCUGAAGAGCGGUACAUACUGUAGAUACUUCUGAAGGAGUUCGAUUAUCCUGGUCAUCUCAGACCUCCAAGAAUGUUAUGAUGCAAAAUGGAAUGGUGUGUAUCUUUGCAUGUUGCACUGUAAUGGUGUAUGCUACUUGUUCUUGCUUUCUUCAUUUCGUUCUAAGCCAUGUUCAUUCAUGUGAGAUGGAGUUCUGAUGUGCUUUGUGUAAAGCAGGGAAACACAACUUGUCUUCACUCAUUACGCAUACUAGCAUUUCGACGCCGGUAAUUAGCACGUGGUUUAUUAGAACAUGACCAGUGUCCUUUGCUGAUGACAUGGCAGCCUACAGCGUAAUUUAGAUCCAAGCCUUUUGUUUUACAUUCUGUGAACUGCUAUCUGUGUCCUAUGAACCCUUAUUUCCUAUCAAAUUUCUUUUGCAUUUGAAUGGCACAUUUAUACUGGAGCUCUUGAAUUAUUUUACAAUGCAAGAGCUGCGGAGUAUGAUUGAUUAUGCCUGAAUGUCUGUAUGAAAAACUGUGAUAAUUACUAGUGCUAUGAAUGGCUGAAGUGGUCUUGACGGCGAUAUGCAGAUGUGAUCCGAACCAUUUAACGUUUACCUCUCCCCCUCCUUCUACCCCUUCAAAAAAAAAAAUGCUCAGCCUGGAGCUCUCCUUUUCCUUAACACAUACCUUGCCAGCCCUUGCAAGUUUCCUAUGAAUUUUAAAAAUUUGGCCUUGUUUUAAGAUAUCACAAGUGUUUUACCCAGUUCUACAUUCUACAAAAUCUAGUUUUCUGCAAGGAAGUUUCUCUGGUCCAUAUCAAGACACCCCAGGAAUCCUAGUGGUGAAAAGACGCACCACAGAGAUACCUGCUUCUGGUAAGCUUAACUGGGCAAUUUCUUGAAACGGGCAAAAUCAGCAACUGCAUAUAGCUUCUGAAACAGUUGCAUUGUGUGCCCUUUCCAGCUUGUACUUUUACAACUGCACUGCUCUUGUGUGCAGAGUUCUAAACGUAAGUCAUCAUGAAUGUGGUGUGUCAUGUCUUGCAGAACUCGUGCAGUCAUAUAAUUAAUGCAGUUUUACCAACCACAUUUCCUAAUUUACGCUCUUGUUCAAGGGUGUGGUAGAUCAUACGGUGUGAAAAGCACACAAACAACUAGGCAGAGGUCUGUUUCUGCUGAGUCACUCUCUUGUUCCACUCAACUGUAAGAUAGACUGAAUACAAGCAUUACUGGAGGCUCGAAAAUAAACCUUGCAGUCUCGUAUUGGUAGUGAAGAAACAUUGGAACUAGCAACCUCUGUUAAGAAUGCGACCUACAGUGACCUUUAUGGCACUGCACUCAACAUGUAGUUAGAUACGAGACUGUUCCAGCGGUAGUUGCUUGCUGUUUGACAAAUACAGUGAAUGUGUACUUAUUCAUGCUGCUUAUCUCCUCAGGGCAUUUUCGAGAAUGUGAAGAACCAACUUGCAUUCGAGCUCAGUGGUUCUUUGUAGAUUUUUUGCAACCACUGUAAAUAAAACAACUCCUCUUGCCCUCCUACUUGCGUUGUAAUUGUGAUGAGUCGUGGCAGCAGUGCUUAGUCUUUUUAAAUUUUUUUAUGUGAUAGGGAAAGUUUUUUCUCCGGUUUCUGAAUGUUGGCAUGCGAUUCGCGUAAAUUUGCAGUGUUGAACAAAACUGGACAAUGUCAUAUAUGUACAGCUCAUGCACAUUGCACAUUACUAGUCGCAUUUUGUUUUGUGCGAUUUAUUAACUUUAGGAGCGCAAUGCAUACAGUAAGUGUUUGUUUAAUGAAACCACUUUGUACAAAGUACUGACUGCACUGAGGAGCAAAUUAAUUUGAGGAGUUUUUUCAUAUUCCAUUAGGUACAAAGUGAAUAAAUUCGAAACAGCCAUGUGAAACAAAGCAGUUACCUUUUCACUUUUCUUCUCGUCAAGUUGGGGAGGUAAACAUUGCAAAUUCCACUUUCCUGUUUGCGAGCAGCUUGUAGGGACAGUGUCUUCAUCAUGUGGUUACCUUAGAAGGCUAAUAAGGAAUCUAAUGAAGGGUUUUAUCAGUCGGGUUACUUUUAUAUCGUCCCUAUUGGGUGCAGCUAAAUUUCAUAUAACUGUAUCAUUGACGAAUGAAACCGAAACUAAAUAUUACGAAAUUAAAAAAAAAUAUGACAGUGCUGCUGCUAUCUUGCUGCAUCUUGAUCAUAGAGGCUUUCAACUAUGAGUACUAUCAGCAUCAAAUGAAACUUGAACAGCCGCAAGUCUUUGCGGUUGUGUAGUGCGUGCCGUCCAGUUAUCACGAUUGACAGGCGCGCGCAUCCUGCUCGGCAGCUUUGCGCAUAUAUGCAUGCCUGUUUGUAGUGAUAAGUGGAUGGCGCUCACUAUACUAUCGCGAAGGCUUGUUGCUGUUCGGGUUUCAUUUGAUGCUGAUAGUCCAAUCUGAACUUGUGAUGUCAUGUGUAAGCCUUCAGAGUGGAAAUUAAAUCGUUGAAUCCAGCUCUGUCUAAGGAAAAAGAGUAUCAAUAAUUCAAAAACAAAAUAUACAUAUCUGAAUAUAAAAACCACUGAGUCUCAGACAGUCAUUUGAGAUCGUGGAACUCACCCCGCCACAGUGGUCUAGCGGCUAAGGCACUCGGCUGCUGACCCGCAGCAGGUCGCGGGAUCAAAUUCCGGCUGUGGCGGCUGCAUUUCCGUUGGAGGCCGAAAUGUUGUAGGCCCGUGUACCCAGAUUUAGAUGCACCUUAAAAAAACUCCAGGUGGUCGAAAUUUCCGGAGCCCUCCACUACGGCGUCUAUCAUAAUCAUAUGGUCGUUUUGGAAUGUUAAACACCACAAAUCCAUCAAUCAAUCAAUCGAGAUCGUGGAACUCAAAUACUUACCAAUCAUUAGCUCUGAAAUCGCACUGGUAGCAUAAAAGCUAUUGUGCACUUUCUUUGCUACGGUGACUCUCUCAGAGAGUCACCGUAGCAAAGCAUUUAAUGUAGCAUUUAACAAAUUUUAACCUAUAAGAAGCUUAAUUUUCUAUUUCAGUGAUUUCAUUUUAACGAGGGCUUACUGUAGUUGCAAAUCAUGUUAACUUUUGUUGCUACGUUUCUUUUUCUGCCACCCAUGCAUGCACAUGAUCUCUAUGUAGGCUUGCAAGCAUGUGCAAGCACGUGGUACACUGCAGAUAGGCCAUGCUCAACACACAUUGUAAAAUGGAUGUACAGCAAAAGUGUUCAGUAGGCUUUCUGCAUAGCAAAGCUGCACCAAGCUUUGAAAUCCACAGUGUGCAUGAAUGCAAGUACAAACUGAAUGACAGCAAUACAUAUUCAGCUUGUAGUUUCAAGAGAAUAGAAAGGGAAAGUAUUUUUGCCUGCUGAUUUUUCAGCAUUCUCUCUUAAAGGCUGUAUAUGCUGCAUUUUUUUUUCACUUGCCUAAUACUUUGUGUUCUAUCCCUCGAAAGUGUGCAUCUUCUGUCAAAGUUUUCAGUCCAUGCUUUGCAGGGGUAUAUAUUUUCGGGCUAGUUAGUUCAUUGCAGUAAUUGAGAUUGCAGCCCUGAAAUUAUGAGGAUGAGAAAUAGCACACAUCCCAUCAUCUUUCUCAUCCAUUUCCUUUUGACGCUGUGAUACCAAUUAGCACAUUAAUGCAUCUGCACUCUUAGCAUGAGAAUAGUACAUUUCUUUCCCCUUUUAGAAUAAAAAGAAGGUUGCCUAUUCAAACUGCUUUGUCACUCGUACGAGCAUUAGAACGUUUGUAGAACUGUUUUAUUUAGACCAUAUGCAAUAGCAUGCUUUAAAUUGCUGCUCAAUUCUUCACCGCAAGUAGCAAUUAGAGUCUUGUUAACAGCAGGCCAGGCAUUGUCAUACAAUGUAGUACUAACCUGCAGAGUAGAUGUUGACUAUGUGUGCAAGAUUUAACCAUCUGUGUUGCUGCUAUUCUGGGAAUAUACUUUCAAUUGUAAAUUGCUAUGUUGUGGGGCUGUUGCAUGUUUUUAUUUAUUGCUUUGUGUAAAUACAAUUUGAUGUGUGUGUGUGUAUGUAUACAUUCCAUCACAGUUGUGUAUUUUGUUCUAUCUGUUAUCUUCUUGUACUGCAUUCAUUACCUUCGAAGCUGCGAGAAUGUUAAGGCUUUGGAAUACGUGCAGGGGAAUGGAGUGUACGGAACAAGCAAGAAAACGAGCAUUUGCCUUGCUGAUGGUCUGAAGUAACGCCACCUCGACUUUAGGAGGUGGCUGAAGUGUGUUGUGAUCCAAUCUGGGUAGUUGCAAUUCCGUGCAUUGCGCAUAUCACGGCAAUACUAUGCGAACUUACGUGAAAGUGUUACAUUCUUCUUAGCUGUAUAAUUACGUUCGCUCAUGCUGGAUCAUUCAAACAGAAUAUGUUGAUUGGAAAGCUGAGCACUGAUAGUGGGUUGCUUUAGUAGCACCCGUUGUUAACAACAAACAUAUUUCCGUUAAACCAUUCUGGCAUUUACUCUUUGCUGUACAGUUACAUUUUCUUAGUGCAUCCAAACAUAUUAUCUGGUUGAAAAGUUAAGCAUUCAUAUUGGACGGCCUGCGAAAAUAGAACUGUAUUGUGUCCCAUCGCUGUAAAUGACAAUAAACAUUAUUCCGUUACA